AGCUGAGCCAGUCCGGGGGCCCAAUCCUAGCAAGCACGGCCCCCAGGACCCCUGGGAGAGAGCCUGGCCGGGACCAUGGGAACAAGAGCUGAAGUGGGUCCCACCGCCGUGUUUGACUGGUUCUUCGAAGCAGCCCAGCCCUCCUCCCUACAGGAGGAUCCUGUCAUCCUGCGACAGUUCCCUCCAGACUUCAGGGACCAGGAAGCCAUGCAGAUGGUGCCCAAGUUCUGCUUCCCUUUCGAUGUGGAAAGGGAGCCCCCCACCCCUGCGGUACAGCACUUCACCUUCACCCUCACGGACCUGGCUGGCAACCGCAGAUUUGGUUUCUGCCGCCUGCGUGCUGGAGGUCGGAGUUGCCUCUGCAUCCUCAGCCAACUGCCAUGGUUUGAGGUGUUCUACAAGCUGCUGAACACCGUGGGGGACCUGCUAGUCCAGGACCAAGUCUCGGAGGCCGAGGAACUUCUCCUAAAUCUGCUGCAUCAGGCCCCGCCCGGACCCCAGGCCACACCGAGGCUAGAGCUGGGCAGUGGUGUGGCCAUCUCCAGCGGGCACGGAACCCCGCCGCCUGCGCCCGGGAAGAGCAGGCUGCUUCCCUGCUUUGUGGCUCCUGACUGUCGCUGCCUGCCAUCCAUUCCUGAGAAUAGAAACCUUACGGAGCUGGUGGUGGCGGUGACAGAUGAGAACCUCGUGGGCCUGUUCGCCUCACUGCUGGCGGAGAGACGGGUCCUGCUCACGGCCAGCAAGCUCAGCACCCUGACCUCCUGCGUCCAUGCGUCCUGUGCCCUCCUGUACCCCAUGCGCUGGGAACACGUGCUGAUCCCCACGCUGCCCCCGCACCUGCUGGAUUACUGCUGCGCGCCCAUGCCCUACCUCAUCGGAGUGCACGCGAGCCUUGCAGAGAGGGUGCGCGACAAAGCCCUGGAGGAUGUCGUGGUGCUGAACGUGGACACUAAUACCUUGGAGACGCCUUUCGAUGAUGUGCAGGCGCUGCCCCCAGACGUGGUAUCCUUGCUGCGGCUGCGGCUCAGAAAGGUUGCGCUGAUCCCGGGGGAAGGGGUGUCCCGUCUCUUCCUCAAAGCCCAGGCCCUGCUUUUUGGGGGCUAUAGAGAUGCACUUGUCUACAGCCCGGGCCAGCUGGUAACCUUCAGUGAAGAAGCCUUCUUGGCUCAGAAGCCUGGGGCGCCCCUGCAGGCCUUCCACCAGAGGGCUGUACACCUGCAGUUGUUCAAACAGUUCAUUGAAGCUCGGCUAGAGAAGCUCAACACAGGGGAGGGCUUCUCUGAUGAAUUUGAGCAGGAAAUCACCUGCUGUGGGGCCUCCUCAGGCACCCUCCGCUCCUAUCAGCAAUGGGCUGACAAUCUAAAGAAAGGUGGCGGUGCCCUCCUGCAUUCAGUCAAAGCCAAAACCCAACCAGCUGUCAAAAACAUGUACCGCUCGGCCAAGAGCGGCUUGAAGGGCAUGCAGAGUCUACUGGUGUACAAGAAUCGGCCCCUGCGCCCUGGCAGGAGGCUCAGGCUAGAAGAGAGAACUUCUGAGGCCCCAGGAGAAAGAUCACCCCCUCGGAGCCCCGAGGAUGCCCACAGCCUGUGGCCAGAGGAAACCCUGGACAGCAGCUUUUUGGGGUCUGGGGAGGAACUGGAUUUGCUAAGCGAGAUUCUGGACAGUCUAAGUGUGGAGGUCAAGAGUGCGAGCAGCCUGCGGCCCAGCCAGAGCCUAGACUGCUGUCACCAAGGCGACCUGGAUAUCUGCUUCAGCCUGGUGAGCGCCCCCACAGGCAAGUCCUUCCCCACUUGCUCAUCCAAACAGCCAGCUGCUUUCCCAUCUAAACGUCAGCAACUGCCUUUCCCUCCUCCGCCCUGCUCCACCCAGCCCGACAGACCCGGAAGGAGCAGCUGGCAAGCAGAUGACAAGAUGGCACCAGAGCCCCAGCCACGUUCCCUGCCUGUGGACUUGUCAUCCCUACAAAACUGCCAGUCUCUGGGUGCCAUAAGCUCCCCUCAAAGCCCCAAUCCCCAGCUGUCCCACGGGGCCAACCAAGAAAUCCUGCCUCUGCCUCAGCUCUCAACAGCCGCUGCAGACCUGGGCACCAAAGAGGACCCCAAAUCCUCUCCUGUCCCUGAGCCCAUAAAUCUUCCAGCCGUCCCUCCGCACAAGGCAACCGAGGGUCCCAGAGCCCAGGACCACCCAGGUUCUGGGUUCUCCACAGCACCUGCCCAGCCCAGCCCUCCAGAAAGCCCUCAGCUUCUGGUCCCCACAGAAUCCGCCUAUGAUACUACCUGGCCAGCCCAGUCACUUGGUUCUUCCGCAGACCUCACUUGUCCAGAGAACCCCAGAGCCCAGCUCCCCAAGGCCCUGCUACAGCAUGCUCAGCUCCAGCCACCCGAGGAGCAGGGAGCCCCUGAUGCCCCUGCUUCUUCCAAAAGCAGCUGGCAAGAGCCCCUGGCUGGAAGGCGGCCCCGAGUCUCUGAGCUAAAGAAGUGCUUCGAGAGCUAAAAGAUCAGAGGUCGCCUAAAGUGACCCGAGUUCCUUAAUAAAGCCAUCAACCCAAAGCUGGCUUCUCCUGCUGAGCUCCUCUGGGGCCUCUUUCCACUUGGAAAUGCACCCCAUCUAACGCCUUCUCCCAAGAGAAACCUCUGACCAGUAGAUGCUCCUAGGUGAAUAU